CAGAGACUGGAAUCAUAUGGAAACAGAGAUGAGAAUAGAAACUUACGCUGACAGUGACAGUGCCUGGUAAGACUGGCAAAUAUAGCAGUUUUGUGAUUUGAAAUGCACCCAUCCUCAUGCGAUACAUUUGUGGCUCUGCCCCCCUCCACUGAGGGACAACGCAUAAUCUUUGGGAAAAACUCUGACAGGCCUUGUGAUGAAGUCCAGGAGGUGGUGUAUUUUCCUGCUGAAAACUACGAUGCAGAGGAGAAGGUUGAGUGUACGUACAUAGAGAUUGAGCAGGUUGCCCACACUUACGCAGUUGUGUUGAGCAGACCAGCAUGGCUGUGGGGGGCAGAGAUGGGCGCAAAUGAGCAUCAAGUGUGUAUUGGAAAUGAGGCAGUGUGGGGCAGAGAGAGUGCUGAUGGUGACGAGGCGCUUCUUGGCAUGGAUCUUGUCAGGCUUGGACUUGAAAGAGCCGACACAGCUGAGAAUGCAGUGAAUGUUAUUACUGAGCUGCUGGAGAAAUAUGGUCAGGGAGGAUCUUGCAUGGAAGAUGAGUGUGGCUUCACCUACCACAACAGCUUCCUAAUCUCAGACAGGAAGGAGGCAUGGCUGCUGGAAACGUCAGGGAAGUACUGGGCCGCGGAAAGAGUGGAAGCUGGAUAUCGCAACAUCUCCAACCAGUAUGGCAUAAGGACUAAGAUAGACAAGGAACAUCCAAAGAUGAGGGAAUACGCACGAAGCAAGGGCUGGUGGGACGGAGAGUCUGAGUUCAACUUUGCUACAGUCUACUCCUUUAUGACUACAGCCAGAAUAGAAGCCUCUGGGAGCCGAUACUGUGAGGGGAAGGCGUUGUUGGAAAAGAGCAAUGGCCAUAUCACCGCUGAGACAAUGAUGGAUAUCCUGAGGGAUAAAGAUAGUGGCAUCAACAUGGAGGGCAUGUUCAUGACGACAGGAAGUAUGGUGUCUGUGAUUCCAACGAAUCCUGCUCUGCCAGGCGUUCACUAUUUUACAGCAACUCCAGACCCUGAAAGGUCUGUAUUCAAGCCAUUUGUGUUUGUGAAACACAUUAAUCAGCUGAAGGAGACGACCUCUCCCAGUUAUGGUCCAAAUGACCCCGUAAAGAAGAAACCCCGCUUCCAGAGCAAGCCCAACCGCAAACAUGAGUUGUUUGUCAAGCAUGAACUAGUGGCUGCCAUAAUUGACACCCACAAGGACAGAGGAAAGAAGAUCACAGAAAGCAUGAGGCAGCUAGAAAAGGAGAAGAUGAAAGAGAUGGAGAAGAUUCUUUCAGAUGGUAUUGAGGACCCUGAUUUAUUGGCAAAUCAGUUCCCAAGCUCUGUCCAGGAGGAGAUGGCUACGUACAGCAAAAGUUGAGAGACUGCAGCUUGUUGGAACCACAAAACAGGUUUCCAGAGUGAAAGUAGCAGUAAAUAUCUCUAAGGUUUGUUUGACUUUUAGUCAGGUAAAAUUACAAACAUGCUUGCAUAAUUAACCCGGUGAAUCAGAACAUAACAUUAAUUAACAUCAUUAUAUAAAAAAUAUGAAGCAGCACCGGAUACCUGGGCAGUAAAAUGUUGUAGAGGAUGUGUGUAUAGAAUCGUAGGCCAAAAAUACAGGACAGUACCUAUUCAUUAUGUGAUACAUGAUUUUAGGGUUCAGUUGUAAAAUGUAUUGAUUAAUAUGAAGCCUUUGA